AUGGCCGACAAGCAAGAGAGUACUUCGGCAGCUGUUGCUGAGGCUUCCGCGACGAGCCAGGAAGUAAAGACCAAUGGCCAGGCCACCGAAGCCCCCGAUUCGACCGAGUCGAAGGCUGAGACGGCCGAUGAGGAAGGCGAGCAAGAAGGCAUCGACGCUCUGUUCCCCGUGACGAUUCUCCUACCGCACGAGCCGAACAAGCUUCACAUCAUGGUCUCUUCCCAAGAGCAAGUCCAUGAACUACGCCAAUCCAUUAUCGAAAUGCCCGCCGCAUUUCAGUACUCCUGCUUUCACCUUGAACACGCCGGCGAGCGUAUCAAUGACUUCAUCCAGGUGUCGGAUAUCAAAGGUGUGGGGCCAGAGUCAGAAAUCCGGCUGGUAGAGGACCCUUACACAGAAAAGGAGGCGCGGAUACAUGUUAUCCGGACGCGUGACUUAAUCGGCGCCGCUGGAGAUCGCACCGAUACCCUACACGGGGUUCUGCACGGCAUCUCCCUUUUCGAUAACGUUACCGCUGCGUCGAAGGAUGGCGAUAAUGUACAGGCGAGUGUCUACGAAUUUGACGCCCCGGCGAACCCAUCGGCAGCUUUGUUGCCCAAGGAGGAGGAGCCUGCGCCCAAAACAGUCAAGUCUAUCGCACUGUCCCCAUGGAACCCUCCCCCGUACCAUCUCCGACAAAAAGGCCACUUGCUGUAUCUGCUUGUGACUACCAACGAAGGCGAGCAAUACCAAAUCACAUCACAUGUAGGCGGUUUUUACGUAAAUAAGUCGUCUAACCAAAAGUUUGAUCCUUUGCCACGGGCGGCUCCCAAGGGUCACUCGGCCCAUUCCCUCUUGAAAUUGAUGAAGCAGAUCUCUCCCUCCUUCACCGAGUCGUUUGACAAGCUGCUCCAAUGGAGUAGUCAAAGGGACCCAAUGGCAACGUUCCAGAUGACAAAUGCUAUCCCGGCUGCGCCGUGGUUGGUCCCAUCAUCAUCAUCGGCGUUGACCCAACAUAGCUCAGAUAUCACGCGAACCCAGGAAGGCUACUUGAUCUCUGGCGUGGACAACACCGACACUCUUCGAGAUUGGAACGAAGAGUUCCAAUCGGCUCGUGAGCUGCCCAAGGAGACGGUGCAGGAUCGGGUGUUCCGAGAGAGGUUUAUGUCCAAGUUGUUUGCCGACUAUGCUGAUGCUGCUGCCCGGGGAGCCAUACUUGUUGCCCGUGGCGAAGUUACCCCCCUUAACCCAACUGAAGAACGGGACGCACAGAUUUACGUGUACAACAACGUCUUCUUCUCAUUCGGCGCCGACGGUGUGGGCACUUUCACGACCGAAGGUGGCGAUGAUGCCGCCAGGAUCGCGACGGGCAAGGAUGUGAAUGGAGUGCGGUUGGUCAAUCAGUUCGACAUCGACGGGCUGUACAGCCCCGCUACCGUGGUGGUUGACUAUCUCGGAAAGCGGAUUGUUGGUCAGACGGUAGUCCCGGGUAUCUUCAAGCAGAGAGAACCCGGUGAGAACUCGAUCGACUACGGCGCCGUGGAGGGUAAGGAUAUUGUCGCAGCCGAUGAACGAUUCGUGGACACUUUUGCAAAGUUGUCCAAGGCUCUGAAAGUCAAGAAACAUCCUGUCUGGGACAAGGACGGCAAGCGAUUUGACUUGGAAGCAAGCGUAGAGACCAAGGGUUUGAUGGGCACAGAUGGGCGCAAGUACGUGCUGGAUCUGUACCGCAUCACGCCCCUGGACAUCUCAUGGAUGGAGGAAGUUGGAUCCACUGGGUACGAGGAGCAGAAAGACUCGGAUUACCCCCAUCGGAUGACAGUUCUGCGACCAGAACUCGUCGAGUCCCUCAGGGCGCAAAAGUGGGCCGAAUGGGUCAACGCCGAGUUGGCCAAACGUCAGAAGCAGCUGUCCGAUACUAAGGCUCAGUCAAAGGACGAGGCGUCUGAGAAGAAGCCUGCGGAUGCGUCUGAGAAGGAAUCCGAGGACAAGCCUGAAGUUGCCAUUACGGAGCAGACGGAAACCACUGGGACCGAAGGGGAGAACCCGAGUGAAUCCAAGGAAGAUGAAGGUGCUGAGGCAGAAGUCGAGAACCGUAUCGACGCCUCUGCAUUCCAGUUCGCUCUGAACCCAGAUGCCUUCAGCGGACAGGUACCCCAGACCGAUGCCGAAAAGGAGGAACUGGCCGCUGAUGAGCAGGAUGUGCGAAAUGCAUGCACCUACCUUCGCGAUUCCGUCAUCCCCGAGUUUGUUAACGACAUCAAGAACUCAGACCAACCCUUCCCUAUGGACGGACAAUCCCUGACUCGCAUGAUGCAUAAGCGCGGUAUCAACGUUCGUUACCUCCCCAAGGUCAUGGCCACCUGCGACGGUCCCAGACUUCAGCCGCUGCGGGAUCUGUGCAUACAGGAAAUGGUUUCACGGUCAUUCAAGCACGUUGCCGGCAAGUAUCUGCGCUAUCUUCCAAUGCCGCUGACCUCUACAUGCAUUGCGCAUCUUCUCAACUGUCUGCUGGGCUUCGGGCUGAACCCCAAACCUAGUGCAGAGGUCGAUGAGUCGAUGAAGGCGUUGUACCCCGAGGCAGAUUUGGCUUUCACAGACACCACGCCUGAAAGUUUGCGAGCGGAGAUGGAAGAGCAAAUUGCGCGUCGCUUCAGGUUCACUCUGGAAUCCGACUGGCACACGCGCAUCAAGCAUUUGCAACUCCUCCGUGAGGUGUCGUUGAAGCUUGGUCUUCAGGUGCAGUACAAGGACUUCCAAUUUAAUGCCGAGCAGAGCAAACCCGAGGCUGCCAAGGUUGCAGCCAACGGAACUGGUAAUGGCGUUAACGGUCAUGCGAGCGGCGAAAGCAAGAAGAAGAAGAAGAAGGCAAGAGAUGGAUCUCCAGCUUCCGUCGCCUCGUCGACAAAUGCGCUUUGCACCUUCACUGCGGAUGAUAUUGUCAACGUAGUGCCCAUCGUCAAGGACUCGGCACCGAGAAGCGCUAUCUCUGAGGAAGCCCUCGAGGGCGGCCGUCACUCUAUCAUGCAGAACAAUCGAAAGAUCGGCCAAGAACUUCUGCUCGAGUCCCUGAGUCUCCAUGAGCAAAUCUAUGGCAUCCUGCACCCCGAGGUUGCCCGAGCCUACUCGAACCUGGCGCAGAUAUACUAUCAGCUGGAGGAGAAGGAAGCAGCCGUGGAUCUGGCCCGCAAGGCCAUCAUUGUGUCAGAGCGCGCCAUCGGUGUCGACUCUGCCGAGACGCUGAGCUUUUACCUGAACCUGAGUCUAUUUGUGCACGGAUCAGGUGAUAGCAAGACAGCUUUGUCCUACAUCAAGCACGCGCUCGAUCUGUGGAAGGUGAUUUACGGCCCCGAUCACCCCGAUUCCAUCACCACGCUCAACAACGCUGCUGUGAUGCUGCAGCACAUGCAAGCCUACCACGAGUCGCGGCUCUGGUUCGAGCAAGCACUGGGCGUCUGCGAGCGUGUCAUGGGCAAGAACAGCUUGAGCGCGGCCAGCCUACUCUUCCAACUGGCGCAGGCGCUUGCCCUGGAUAACGAGUCCAAGGCGGCACUGGGUAAGAUGCGCGAGUGCUACAACAUUUUCAAAGAUACGCUGGGGCCCGACAAUAACAACACCAAGGAAGCCGAGAGCUGGCUUGAGCAGCUGACGCAAAAUGCCGUGAAUAUAGCGAAGCGCGACAAGGACGCUCAGCAGCGCCGCCUGCGGGCUGGUAUCCGCUUCCCGACGCGCAACAUGGCUCUCGGUGCGGGUACUGGCACAGUGGAGCCAGCGCAGCCCCGAGGGGGCAAGACGCCGGCCAUCGAUUCUCGGAGCAUCGAUGACUUGAUCAAGUUUAUCGAGGGAAGCGACAACCAGAACAAAAGCACCAAGAAGCGUGCGACUCGGGGCCCGAAAACUAGGAUCAGUGGCUCCAACUGA